GUAACUGCUAUGGCUGGUGCUUCUGAUACGGCUGGUCCUUUCCCUGGAAACCGAAAGUAGAGCAUGCCUCAUCGUAACAAUGAGUAGCGAGAGAGACAUGAUAUCCUCAAGAAGGCGCAGGAGGAGGGACGAUGGGAGACUCUUUCUGCUCCUGUCUGGAUUUCAUUCGACAAGUGGCUGUCUCCAAUGGCUAUCGUUUUAUAAGUGGUGCACAGAUAUGAAUGGUUGACACGUUCAUUUGAGUCUCUUCUUCUUGGGCUAGAUAUAUGCGGAUACACUUCAACUUUUUGUUCAAUCCUCAAGACCAAGUCGAGAUCGAAAUGGCAUUAUCACCGCCACCGCCACCCCUAACACCGCCACCACCUCCCAAAACCCCGACGAUGAGGACGUCAACACCUCCAUUGCCUGCUGUGGUGGUUCAUGAACCUGAGGAUGAGCAGCAGCGGCAGCAGAUAGAGAAAAUGGAUCCAAGCUCGAUCAAUGCCACGGGUACCACAUUCGGUCAUGUGUUCGGCCUGAAUUUUGUGAGCCCGGGAAUUCCUGUCAUGAAUCCCCAUCCUGCAACACAGUUCUAUGGCUGCGGCGGCAGCCCUCCCAGAGUAAUCACCCCGAGAAAAGCAUCCCCGUACAAGCAGCACCAGCAGCCAGCGCACUUCAAUUAUGCACCGGCGACAUUGGAAUUCCCUGGAGAUCUACACCACCGCGGGGUGUCGUAUUUCGGAAGAGUGGAUCGGCCCAGACUUCCGUGGAUAGUCCCGACCUUCGUGCUGGUCCACAUUACCAUGUUCAGCAUCACCAUGUACGAGAACAACUGCCCGGGCACCUCCGCAAGGCCAGACAAGUGCGUGCUGCAGUUUCUGAACCGGCUCUCAUUCCAACCUUUGAGCGAGAACCCACUGCUGGGCCCGUCCUACAGAUCGCUCUUGCUCAUGGGGGCGCUCGAAUCGAACCUCGUAACCAAAGGAGGCCAGGGAUGGCGCUUGCUCUCGUGCGUGUGGCUGCAUGCGGGCCUCUUCCACCUCUUCGCCAACAUGACGGGCCUUCUGUCGCUGGGAAUUCGACUCGAACGGGACUUCGGAGGAAUCCGCGUGGGCAUCAUCUACAUCCUGGCGGGCUUCGGAGGAAGCCUACUGUCGGCGCUGUUCAUGCACAAUCAGAUCUCCGUCGGGGCCUCGGGGGCGCUGAUGGGCCUCUUGGGCGCGACUGUGGCCGAGAUUCUCAUAAACUGGUCCACGUACAACCACCGGAGCCGAUCGCUGGCGGCUCUGGUCCUGGCGACGACUCUGACCUUCACCUUCGGGCUCAUGCCGCAUGUGGACAACUUCGCGCACAUCGGGGGCUUCAUGGCCGGAGCGCUGCUGGGGUUCAUCUUCCUCAUGCGGCCGAGGUUUGCAUGGAUCAAGCAGAGGUGCUGCUUCCCCAUGAUCCAUGACGACGACACGCUGAGAGCGGAGGCGGGAGGAGGAGGAGGAGCGAGCAGCGCAGCGGCCGGGAUGCCUCCGCCGGCCUCAUCCGCCAGGAUCAUCAACGCGAGCGCCAACAACACGAAGCACACGCGAAUGCAGAUCAUCAUCUGGAGUUUGGCGCUGGGCUUUCUGGUGCUGGGCUACACGGCGGCCAUGCUGGCGCUGUUCAAAGGCCUGGGCCUCGACAGCCGACGCACCUGCAAAUGGUGCCACUACAUGAGCUGCGUGCCGUCCUAUCUGUGGCAUUGUCGCAGCAGCAUCGACCAGCGCUGCGCCAUCGUCAAGUCGUCGGUCCACGGCUCUCUGCGCCUGCUCUGCUCCAAGACAAACCUCUUCCGCGACUGGCCCGACUCGCUCACCGCGACGGACCUCGAGAUUCGCGCUCUCUGUUCACGCACCUGCAACUCCACCUCCCACAAUUGAGAAGCAGCAGCAUCAAGAUGCAUGAACGAAUGAAUGAAACAUCCACAAUCUCAAUUUCCAUAUUUGCCACGAAGCUCGUGGCUUGUUCUGCGCCUUUGGUCUGUGUCGACCUUUGAAGCACUCCCCUCUCCUCCCGUUGCUCCUCCCGUCGCAUCCCGUCGCGUCCGUCCGUCCGUAUACGUUAUGCAUCUGGCGUCCACCCCUCGAGUAUCAAUCACAUCAUAUCGCAAUUCUUUCGGUACUCUGCCAGGCGCUUUUCUUGUCGGUCGGUCGGGGCCUAUGGUCCGUCCGUGGUCCGGGGUCCCGGGAAUCUGUUGCCGAGCCGAUGAACGAGACGAGUCCAACGGCACUCCGACGGAUUCGCGGGCCUCUGUUUAUGGCCGUAGAACAAACGCCGGUCUGUCGGUCGGUCGGUCGGUCUGCCCGCCUUCCUUCCUUCCCAUGGAAUGGAUGGACGGACGGACCCUUCUCUACGUUGGCUCGCCUCCGACGUAGAAAAGGGUCCCUAGUCCUGACCCUUCGGCCGGCCCGCCCGCCAGCCCGCGGACAUUUUGUCUGGCUCGAUCGAUCGGCGGGUCUGCUGACGACAAGGCGAGCGGAUGAAUGAAUGAAUGAGUGAAUGGGUAUGAGUGUGAUUCAAUAAAGCCUUGUGAGUUUUG